AUGAGGUGGAUUGAGGUUGAUCGUUCUGAUGAAAUUGAUCAAGAAAUUGUGAGCGGUCUGAUUGUAAUGUUGGAUGAAAAGAAUGAACUUGUGAAGAAAUUCCGAACUGCCCGUGACAGGUUUGAAAAGGAUAAUGUUGUUGAAUUGGAUAUCUUUCUGAAGGUAUCUAAAGCAACUGAUGGGAGGGAAAAUCGACCUGGACCUUCAAACGAAGUAGCUGGAAUCUUGGUCGGCGAUCAAGAGGAGACUGAUCAGAGCCGUGAUGUGAUAGUUGAUGAAAUCAAAUUAGGAUUACAAAGGAUUCCCAACAUUCACCCUAAAUUAAUGGCGUUGCAAUAUCCUUUACUUUUUCCUAAUGGUGAAGAUGGGUUCCACCUAGGAUUAAAAUAUGAGGCAACUGAAGAGCAGCGUGGUAAAACAAGAGAAAGCAUCACCUUGAAGGAUUAUUAUGCAUACAGACUUCAGGUCAGGCACAAUGAAGGCAUGUCGCCAAGACUUGGUGGACGACUGUUUCAACAGUAUAUUGUAGAUGCAUUUUCUACAAUUGAGCAGGCCCGUCUAUGGUGGUACAGAACUCAUCAGACCACUCUAAGGAGUGAGUUGUACAGUCACAUAUGCGAUACUAUACGAUCUGGUGAUCUAGAUAAAACUAAUCUUGGAAAGAGUUUCAUUCUACCAGCGGGCUAUGUUGGAUCAAAGCGAUAUAUGCAACAGAAUUUCCAGGAUGCUCUCGCUGUAUGUCGACACAUUGGUCACCCAGAUAUUUUCCUUACAAUGACAUCAAAUCCUAUGUGGCCAGAGGUUAUUGAGAUGAUGAAGCUGAUUCCAUAUGGUACCCCUGUCGACAAUCCAGAUAUCAUUGCUAGAGUAUUUAAGCUAAAACUUAAUCAGCUGCUCCAUGAUAUACGACAAGAAAGUUUCUUUGGAACAUGCAUUGGAGUUAUGUAUGUUGUUGAAUUCCAAAAGCGCGGUCUGCCUCACGUUCAUAUGCUGAUAUGGCUUGAUUCAGAAUCGAAGGUAAAAUUGAAAAGAGAUGUUGACAAAUUCGUUUCAGCUGAAAUACCUGAUCCACAGAUUGAUCCAGCUGGUUAUGAAGCUGUCAAACAGUUUAUGAUCCAUGGCCCGUGUGGUCCUGAAUUCCCAAAAUCUCCCUGCAUGGUUAAUCACAAGUGUUCUAGGCAUUUUCCCAAAAAGUAUGCAAAUAGCACAACUUUUGAUGAUUCCGGUUUCCCCGUGUACAAGAGGACGAAUUCUGGGAUUACAGUUAAAGUUAGAAACGCGCAGCUGGAUAAUCAAUGGGUUGUCCCAUAUAACAGAGAUCUUCUGGUAAAAUACCAGUGUCAUAUCAAUAUCGAAAUAUGCUGUCAUGCUCGCAACAUAAAAUAUUUGUUUAAAUAUUGUUUGAAAGGUCCUGACAGAGCAACUAUUGAAAUUCGUGGUUCCAGAGUGACCCAAAAAACAAAGCCAGAUGACCCUGUAGACGAGAUUCAACAAUAUUUUGAUGGAAGAUAUAUAUGUGGAGCUGAAUCUGCAUAUCGUACCUUUGGUUUUGACAUACAUUAUAGGUCAAUAUCCGUUGAGCGUUUACCUUUCCACCUUCCAGGAAAACGUUCGUGCACAUGGAGAUCAGAUGAACCUUUGAAGAAGGUUGUAAACAGAGAAAAAUCACGCAGAAGCAAGUUGGAGGCAUUCUUUCAUCUCAAUACCAUUGACCCUAAUGCCAGGGAGUAUACAUACGAUGAAAUUCCAAAACAUUAUGUCUGGCACGAUUCUCUGUGUUCUUGGAACCCCCGUAAAAAGGGAUUCCAAAUAGGGCGAUUGACCUACUGCCACCAUAGUAGCGGCGAUGUCUGGUAUUUGCGUAUGCUUCUCUCCCGGAUAAAAGGACCAGUUUCAUUCGAGGCUCUAAGGACAAUAGAUGGAAAACUGUACAAUUCAUUUCAGGAAGCUGCUAACCAUUAUGGUUUUCUCAAUGAUGAUAAUGAAUGGCAUGAGGUUAUUGCAGAGUGUGCAAAAUGUGGGUUUGCAGCCCAGAUCAGACAACUUUUUGUUCACAUCAUUGUCAAUAGCCAGGUGAACGAUAUUUUCAAACUAUGGUCUUCACAUAUUGAAUCUUUGACUGAUGAUAUAUUACAGCAACGGCGGAAAAGCACUGGCAAUCCCUUACUCAUUCUCAGUGACGAGGAGAUUCAAAACCAUGCUCUUGCAGAUGUUCAUAAGUUGUUAAAGGCUGUUGGAAAGAGUUUGUCUGAUUAUCCAAUGCUACCACAACCUCCGCCGAUUUAUCUGAAUAUAGGAACAAAUAAUCUCAUACUGGAUGAGACAAACUAUGAUGUUGUUGCCAUGCAGAACGAAUUUGACAAACUGAUUGAGAAUUGCAAUGAAGAUCAGAUGAAAGUUUUUGAAGAAAUAAUUACUGCUGUCGAGAAAGAACAGGGUGGUGUUUUUUUUGUUUAUGGUAGUGGUGGCUGUGGGAAGACAUUUCUGUGGAGAACUCUGAUACACAAGUUACGAUCACAGCGUAAAAUUGUGUUGCCAGUAGCAUCAUCUGGAAUAGCUGCAACUCUUCUUCCAGGUGGCCGUACUGCUCAUUCGCGCUUCAAAAUUCCUAUCAUUCUUGAUGAUUUUUCUGUCUGCAAUAUAGCACACGACUCUGAUAUUGCUGCACUUAUUAAAGAAACAAGUUUGAUUAUAUGGGAUGAAGCACCAAUGACUCAUCGCUACGCGUUUGAAUGUUUGGAUCGUACACUACGUGAUUUGAUGAAAUCAGUUGAUCCACAAAGAUAUCAUCAACCUUUUGGUGGAAUAACAAUAGUUUUUGGUGGUGAUUUCAGACAAGUCCUUCCCGUAAUUCCAUUUGCCUCUCGUGCAGAUGUUGUCAAUGCCAGCAUCACCCGAUCUCGGGUAUGGAAAUUUUGCAAGGUAUUUACACUGAAUCGUAACAUGCGCUUAGGCCAAUCAGAUAGUGAAGAGAGGAAUGAGGUUCUGAGGCAGUUUGCCAAAUGGGUUUUAUCUAUUGGUGAUGGUUCAUUUUCAAAUGUAGAUAAAUCAAAAGAUGGCAUCACUGAGUUUGAUAUUGAUCUGCCUGAUGGCUAUUGCAACAUGUCAGAUUCAAACUCCGUUGAAAAAAUUGUUGAUGCGGUGUUUCCUGACCUUCAAAAAAUGUACCAUUCUCCACAGUAUCUUGCCGAAAGAGCAAUCCUUACGCCAACAAACAAAACUGCUGCUGAGAUAAACUCUGUGAUUGUGGAUAAAUUGCCAGGGGAAGCAGUAUCAUACUACAGCCGAGAUGAAGCUCAGGAGUUUGGUGGAUCUGAAUCUGAUUUUCCUAUGUGUUUUCCAUCCGAGUACUUGCACAAUUUUAAUAUGCCUGGUGUUCCUGCUCAUGAGCUGAUACUGAAGGAAGGUGCAAUGGUAAUGUUAAUGAGGAAUCUUGAUCAAACAGUGGGGCUGUGCAACGGAACCCGGAUGGUAGUCACAAAAUGCCUCAAACAUUCUGUGCAGUGUGAGGUUAUAUGUGGAUCCUCUGCUGGCCUGCGUUUUUUUAUUCCAAGAAUCGAGUGUUGUCCCAGUGAUACCAAGCUCCCUUUCAAAUUUAUUCGGAAUCAGCUCCCGCUACAAAUUUGUUAUGCAAUGACAAUCAACAAAUCACAAGGACAAUCCCUUUCAUUUGUUGGUUUAUAUCUUCCGAAACCUGUUUUCAGUCAUGGCCAAUUAUAUGUUGCCAUCAGCCGUGUUACUUCUCCUGAAGGGCUACGAAUUUUCAUAGAUGACGAUCUGGGCAGAUGUAGUCGCAGAACAGAAAAUGUUGUGUAUCCGGAGGUAUUUUAUAGUUUAAGAUAGAAUGACCCUAUGAAACACCUCCUAAUUGGAGACUAUGUUUUUCAUACUGCAAGCAGCUUACUUGCAGAGUAUGGCUAUCCUAUUUUUCGAUGUACUCCUACUUUUGUUUAUUUGAAAAAGUAAUGCAUUGUGUCAAAAGGAUA